AUGAUUUUUCUUCCAUUCCACACUCGGAGACUGGUAACCCAGGUUUACUUUGGAUUGAAGCCAGGAAGAAAGAAGGGCAUUGUGGUUGACAUGGCACGGCCAAGCUCUAAUCUGGCUGAAUUUCGAGAAGUAUUUGCUAAGGCAAAACAUAUAGCAGUUAUUACAGGAGCUGGAGUUAGUGCAGAGAGUGGAGUUCCUACUUUCAGGGGUGCUGGAGGAUUCUGGAGAAAAUGGCAAGCUCAGAAUUUGGCAACACCCGAGGCCUUUGUCAGGAAUCCCUCACGUGUUUGGGAAUUUUAUCAUUACCGCAGAGAAGUGAUGCUGACGAAAAGUCCAAACCCAGCACAUCUCGCCAUUGCAGAGUGUGAAUCUCGGCUCAGCAAGCAAGGCAGGAAGGUGGUGGUGAUAACACAGAAUAUUGAUGAGCUGCAUCACAAAGCUGGGACACGCAAUCUCUUUGAAAUUCAUGGUAGCUUAUUUAAGACCCGAUGUAACACUUGUGGCAGUGUGAAGGAAAAUUAUAAGAGCCCUAUAUGUCCUGCUCUUGAAGGAAAAGGUGCUCCUGAACCUGAUGCUACUGAUGCUGCAAUUCCAGUAGACGAAUUACCAAGGUGUGAAGAAAGUGGCUGCCGUGGUCUUCUCCGACCUAAUGUUGUAUGGUUUGGUGAGACUCUGGAUUCCAGUCUUCUUGGAGAAGUGGAGAAAGAAUUAGAAACAUGUGACUUGUGUUUGGUGGUUGGAACUUCAUCAGUUGUCUAUCCUGCUGCCAUGUUUGCACCACAAGUGGCUGCUCGAGGAGUGCCUGUUGCCGAGUUCAACAUGGAAAGUACACCUGCAACUUUGGGCUUUACGUUCCACUUCCAAGGUCCUUGUGGAACAACAUUGCCUCCAGCAAUUGCCCGACAUGAAACUGAGCUAAUCUCUUGA